AAAAUUCACACUCCCCUCGCCUCUGUUAGCUCUUUAUAGAUUCCUGUACCAGCCACAGCCAGCACGCUCUGGUUCUCUCUAGGGUUUCCUCCUAGCAACGCUGUCGUUUUUGCAUCUCUCCCCCAUAAUUCGUCGACAAUGAAGCUCACCGUCAAGACUCUGAAAGGCAGCCAUUUCGAAAUUAAGGUUCAUCCCACCGACACUAUUAUGGGUGUCAAGAAGAAUAUUGAAGAUGCGCAAGGAAAAGACAAUUACCCAUGUGGACAACAAUUGUUGAUUCAUAAUGGGAAAGUAUUGAAAGAUGAGACUACUUUAGCUGAUAACAAGGUUACUGAAGAUGGUUUUCUUGUUGUCAUGCUUAGCAAGAGUAAAACAGGCACAGCUGGUACUUCAUCCACCCAGCCUGUUUCUACUCCACCUACCACCACACCAACUUCAAUUUCGACUCCCGCACCUGAUGCUCAAGCAUUGGACUCAAAGAGUGCAUCUGCUUCUGACUCAGCAACAGCCAAUGCACAGAGUGAUACUUAUGGUCAAGCUGCUUCCAAUUUAGUUGCUGGUAGUAAUUUGGAGCAGACUCUUCAGCAAAUAAUGGAUAUGGGAGGUGGAACCUGGGAUAAAGAAACAGUUACUCGUGCACUUCGAGCUGCCUAUAAUAACCCGGAGCGGGCAGUGGAUUACUUGUACUCGGGCAUUCCAGAAACAGCGGAAGUUGCUGUCCCAGUGGCUAGGUUUCCUGCAGAUCAGGCUACUGAAACAGGUGCAGCUCCAGCUGCCCCUGCACCUGCAUUUGGAGCACCUAAUUCAUCUCCAUUGAAUAUGUUUCCUGAGACAAUUUCUGGUGGUGGAGGUGGUGCUGGUGGCGGACUUGGCUCUCUUGAUUUCCUUAGAAACAAUCAACAAUUUCAAGCAUUGCGUUCAAUGGUUCAAGCAAAUCCACAAAUCUUGCAGCCCAUGCUUCAGGAGCUUGGGAAGCAAAACCCCCAGCUUUUGAGAAUUAUUCAAGAGCAUCAUGCAGAGUUUCUUCAGUUAAUAAAUGAACCUCUUGAUGGUUCUGAAGGGGAUAUAUUUGAUCAGCCUGACCAAGAUAUGCCCCAUGCAAUCAAUGUGACCCCAGCUGAACAAGAAGCUAUUGAACGGCUCGAGGCAAUGGGUUUUGAUAGAGCCCUUGUCAUAGAAGCAUUCUUGGCUUGUGAUCGCAAUGAGCAACUGGCAGCCAACUAUCUAUUGGAAAAUGCUGGAGAUUUUGAAGAUUGAGUUUUGAUUUUCUGUAAGGGUGGUCUGUGUCCGUGUCCUUGUGAGAAUCUUUAGUGUGGUAGUGUUUGGUAUACUCUGUAGUUUCUAACUAUGAAUCUUGAAAAUUAAUUUUUGAUAAUGGGUUUUUGAAUGGCGUUUGAUAA